AUGAGCACAUUCACACUGCCUGGCUUCUCACCCGAGUGCCCAGUCCACUUGACUAGUGACCUCACAAAAGAGCAAUUGCUUUCCUUCCCAGCCUUCAAGACAUGGUCAGAAACUCUUCAACAUUCGCUCAAGCAACAAGAAUCGAAGAACCACACCUUUCACGACAAGCCCUACAAGCUCCGAAAGAUCGACAUUCAAAGCGUCGACUUUUUCGGCGGAGAACGAAUCGGGUUCAUCAAGUUCAAGGCAGAAGUGACAAAUGAUGAUGGAGAAAAGUUCCCUGGCUCUGUGUUUUUGAGAGGAGGCAGUGUUGCUAUGCUGCUUAUCCUACAACCUGAUGAUGUGGACGAGGGCUCUGAAAAAGACAAGCACGUACUGCUUACCGUACAGCCCCGUAUCCCAGCUGGAUCGCUCUGUUUCCCAGAGCUUCCGGCGGGUAUGUUGGACGAUGCAGGUACAUUCUCUGGAGGAGCCGCCAAAGAGAUUGAAGAGGAGACGGGCCUCAAGAUCAAAGAGGACGAACUCAUUGACCUAACAAAGCUCACAUUUGGCCAUGAAGACGAGACUUCGGACGGAGAGAAGUUGCAAAAGGCAAUGUAUCCUUCUGCUGGCGGCUGUGAUGAAUUUGUGCCUGUCUUCCUACACCAGCAGCGCAUUCCACGCAAACAGCUCAAGGAUUGGCAGGGCAAGUUGACAGGACUGCGCGAUCACGGUGAGAAGAUUACGCUGAAGGUAGUGAGACUGGAGAACUUGUUCCGCGAGGGAGGCAGGGACAGCAAGGCAUUGGCUGCUGUGGCUAUGUACGAGGGCCUGAGACGUGAGGGCAAGUUGUGA